AUGGUUGUUUCCACCGUGUUUUCCCCAGUUCUUUCGUCAAAUACCACAGUACAGUUGAAGCAUCGAAAAACCAGCUCGAUGACGACACUUUACGAAGACUUGAUGAACACCGCUUUCUACGAACCAGAAUACGACUUUGAAGCCGAAAUACUCCCAAGCAAAUCAAAAACCGAGAAAAAGAGCUCAGAUGAGUGCGAAGAAUGGUUCGGCCAACUCAAAAAAGAGCAUCCACUGAUGAUUCGUUCCCUUCCGAUUGCCGUCGAACUCUUCUCCAUACUAUUCAUCACGCUCGUCUUGAACAAAUCGGGAAUCAGCAAUUCUGUAGAUAAAAUUGCCGCUCAUCUGUACUAUUUCCUAAUCUGUUUCAUGUUUUAA